UAGAUUAGAGAGAGCAGGAGGCAGGAGGGGGAAGGGAGAUUAAGAGUGAGAAGGAAAGCGCGAGCACGAGCGUAUAGCAGUAGGAUUUCUCCAUUCAUAGAAAACCUUGUGUCCUCGCCUCAUCUAUCCGACUUCAUGUUUUCUACAAGCUUACUACAGCUAUGACUCUUAAAAAAGAUGUCAAGGUUAAUCAGGCUUUAUUCGGGCUGCCCCCAAUGCUGCCCGACAGGGACUAUAUCAAUGGCAAUGAGGAAGACCAGAUGGAAAUUAUUGGGUACCGCCUUAACAAAAAGAAAAAGUUUUUCUACUGGAUUCUGACAGUGCUUUCUCUAGGAUUUCUGCACCUUUUCUGCUACUGGUUGCCUAGAUAUUAUCUUUAUUUAACAUGUGACACUUGUUCAUUAGAGGAGGCUGAAAACGUUCUACUCCAGGACCAAUACAAGCAAUGGUUUGUGGCAGAAGUUCGCAUAAUAGCCACAGAUGGAGUCAGCACCCAACUUACCAAACUUGCAGAUGCAUCUUUUUCCAUGUAUAAAGGCAAACUUUCCACUGCUGCAUAUUUACAAGAUUCAGCCAUGGAACAAUCGCACAUUCAAUCAGUCCAGUUUUUUAUAAUUAAAAAGUUAAAAUACAUUUGGGACUCAGAAUUAGGUAACUAUAGAAAAUUAAGAGGAUUGGAAGAAGAUACAUCUUUGGUAUUCUUCCAUGAUUGCAAAGGUCUUACAUCAGAUGAGGUCAUUCAACGUCGCAAUUUGUAUGGUGAAAACUCAAUUCCUAUCCACGUAACACCCAUCAUCGUUUUAUUAUUUAAAGAGAUCCUCAGUCCAUUCUAUGUAUUCCAGUUAUUCAGCAUCAUCCUGUGGAUGAUAGAUGAAUACGUCUACUACGCCUCCAGUAUACUCAUCAUCUCUGUUGUGUCCAUAAGUACUGCCAUUUACCAAACAAGAAAAAUGCAGCGUGCUCUCCGUAACACCAUCCAUUCUUCUGCUAUAGUCACAGUAUGCAGAGAUAACAACUUCAUAGAUAUCCAGUCAGAAGACCUUGUCCCUGGUGACUUGAUUGAAGUGCCUCGAUCCGGCUGUUUAAUGCAGUGUGAUGCAGUAUUAAUCAGCGGCAACUGCAUUGUUAAUGAAAGUGUGUUAACAGGUGAAAGUGUGCCUGUCUUAAAGACUCCUCUUCCAUAUCCAAUCCAAGCCCAUAGUACUAAUGAAAAGUUCAAGAUGGACGAUCACUCUCGCCAUGUGUUAUUCUGUGGUACGAGGGUCAUACAGACCAGGUAUUAUGAGAAUCAAAGAGUCCAAGCUGUCAUUCUACGGACAGGGUUCUCAACUACCAAAGGAGAAUUAACUCGAUCCAUUCUAUUCCCAAAACCUAUAGACAUAAACCUCACCAAGGAUACGUAUAUAUUUAUUUUAAUCUUAAGCAUUCUUGCUUUCAUGGAAUUUAUCUACACAAUUGUGAUUAUGAUUCAAAAUGGUGUCCCUGGUGGCCUUAUUGCCAUACGAGCCCUUGAUUUAAUAACAAUUGCUAUACCCCCAGCUUUACCAGCAGCUCUCACUGUCGGCACAGUGUUUGCACAAGCAAGACUGAAAAAAGCCUCCGUCUACUGUAUUUCACCUUCCAAUAUCAAUAUUUGUGGGAACCUUGAUGUCAUAUGCUUUGACAAGACUGGGACUCUCACAGAAGAUGGACUCAACUUAAGAUGUGUUGUUCCUUGCCAGAACAAUGUCUUUAGUCCUGAAGACUUUUUGGAAGAGUCUCUUCCCAAAGGGUUAAUGCUGCAUUGUAUGGCAACCUGCCAUUCCUUGAUGGUCAUUAACAAUGAGCUGUCGGGGGACCCUAUUGAUUUAAUCAUGUUUGAAGCAUCAAACUGGGAAUUGAAAGAACCUGGAGAAGAAGAGACCCGUUUUGAUAUGAUGGCACCAACCAUUGUUGCACCAAGAUCAUCGCCUCUAAAUGGAAUCAACAAAGAUUCUUCAGAGAUUUCUGAUCAAGAAAUUGGUAUCAUACGCCAGUUCCCUUUCUCAUCUCGACUGCAACGCAUGUCUGUGAUAGCUCGUAAAAUUACUGCAAAGAAUUUUGAAAUUUAUACUAAAGGUUCUCCAGAGAUGGUGGCAUCCCUUUGCCAGCCUGAAACAAUUCCUUAUAACUUCCAAGAAGUGCUUAUUAAGUUCACCAAAUUUGGCUACAGGGUCCUUGCAUUUGCCUAUAAACCUAUUAAAUUAAAUUACAUGAGAGUUCAAAGGGUUACACGGGAACAAGUAGAGAAAGACUUACAGUUUGUCGGCUUGAUAGUCUUCGAAAACCGCCUUAAAGAUGAAACAGCACCAACUAUUGAAGUCCUCAACAGUGCCGACGUCAAAACUGUAAUGGUUACAGGUGACAACAUGUUAACCUCUUUGUGUGUAGCUCGAAAAUGUAAGAUGGUUGAUUGCAAUGAUCAAAUAAUCCUAGUUCAAGCUUUCAAGACAGCAGACAACACUCCCACCUUGGAAUUUGUUUACACAGAAGAAAAAGACCGGAAAGUCGAAGAGGUGACAGCUACUGUUGGCAGCACCACCACCUCGAUUCAUAUAGAUGAGGACAGUCAACGUUUCCAUUUUGCUGUGACUGGUGAUUCGUGGAGUUUAAUCAGGGAUUAUUUUCCUGAUGUUCUGUCCAAAUUGGUGGUUCGUGGUAAAGUGUUUGCAAGAAUGGCUCCGAAACAGAAAGCCCAACUGGUUGAAGUACUGCAAUCAUUAGGUUACCAUGUAGGCAUGUGCGGUGAUGGCGCCAAUGAUUGUGGUGCUCUCAAAAUUGCCCAUGCAGGAAUUUCAUUAUCAGAAACUGAAGCAUCAGUAGCAUCAGCGUUCACUUCAAAAAUUCCAACCAUCGAAUGUGUUCCAACCGUUAUCAAACAAGGUCGUGCAUCCCUCGUUACUACAUUUGGAAUCUUCAAAUAUAUGGCUUGCUACAGUCUCAUUCAGUCCACUUCGGUUCUUAUCCUAUACAAGAUCGCCUGUAACUUAACAGACAUUGAAUUUCUCUACAUUGAUCUUUUCAUCAUCUUGACCCUUGGAGUUACAUUUGGACGCACCGAUGCCUAUCCGGAGAUUUCCAAGGAGCUUCCACCAUCCAGCUUAGUCAGCUUCCCACCUGUUCUCUCACUCAUCUUUCAAACCCUCAUACAGGUCCUGAUACAAAUAAUCUGUUUCAUUUCUGUCUAUAAUCAAAGCUGGUUUAUACCAUAUAUACCAAACGAAGAGGAAGAAUAUUUGUCAUAUGAAAACGCGGCCAUUUUCUUGAGUUCUUGUUAUCAGUAUAUCAUUAUGGCAGUUAUUUACUCAAAGGGGCGACCUUUCCGGAAAUCAAUAUUCUCUAACUACUUCUUCUUGGUGAAUGUUUUCCUUGCAUUUCUUGCUACCAUCUUUAUUACUGUCUAUCCGUUUCAAGGAUUAGCUGAACUUUUUGAGUUGAAACCAUUUCCAUCAGUUUGGUAUCGGUUGAUCUAUGUUGGCAUUGCCAUCAUCAACUUCCUCUUUUCACUACUUGUAGAGUUAUUCAUCGUUGAAAAUAGGUUCUUGUGCAAGAAAAUCCACGAUCUCUGUGAAUGCUUACUUCCAUCUUCCAACUGUGAAUAUGUUGCCAUUGAGCAGGAAAUAGCCGAGCAAUCAAAUUGGCCGCCAAUAAGUGAAUCAAAAGCCAGUUUGUGUGAUAUAUACAGCAACAGAGACAGCAGCAUGGCUCGCCGUGGAUCUGAGAAUCUGAACUUUGAUUCUGAAGAGGAUCAGCUCAAUUCUUCCAAGAACAGUGAAUAUAAGAAACCGAUGCCUGGUGAAAGAGACAUGGAUUCUUCAAAGACUAAACUAGAUGAUAUACAUUUGGGUGAGGAAUUGCCACAAGCAGAAGAAAUGAAUCAAAACUUACUGGGGAAUUAUGAUUCUGAGUUUUCAGCUGCUGGUGAAAAUCGAAAAGAUUCAACAACUAUUAUAACUGCUGCUACAGUAUCAGCAUCAUUUACGCCAGACACUUCUGAUAACAGAACACCGACAGACAUAGGUUUGGCUGCCGAUGAUACCGCCAUGGACAAUUUAGGAACCCCUUGCCUUGCAACCCCUCCCACUAAUAAAUACAAUGUCACAAAAUUUAACACACGUUCUCUUAGUGUUAAUUUAUAGCAGAAAAUAGAUAUUUUUAACUUGUGCUUGCUGGAUUUACCAAGUAACUUGAAUUUUGCAAGCGAACCUAGUUCUUUACUUAUAAAAAACAGUUCUAAGCUACACCCUGUAUCAAUGUGUGGUGUAUUUUAUGGUCUUUAUAAGAACAUAUUCUCUUUUUCUUUCCCAGCCAUUUGUUAAAACAAAUAAAAAAAAACCUUUCUGCAUUCCUCAAUAGUAUCCCCAACUCCCAUGAAUUUUGAACAGUGAGCUUCAGCCCUUUCACUUGGUUAUUCCACUUCAAUAAUUAUCCCCUCAUGAUUUUGUAAGGGUCUUCAUAUUUUUGUAUUAUUGCUAUUUUCCACACCCCAUUCCAACCCCUCCCCCUUUUCUCACUGUUUCAUCCUCUUUUUUUUUUCCCCUUCAGUCGAUCUUUCUAACCCGCUCUCGAUAUAUAGAGAUAUAUAUUUACAAGAAAAUAGUAAAUUUAAAAAAAAAGUUAACCAACAGAAAAACCACAAACCCUUUUGUUUUGGUAAAAUUGUUUCCUUUUUUAAUGAAAUCAGAAAAUAAAAACCCUUUGUUUUUUUUAAUUUUUUUCCUCUUAAUAAAAAAAAAAAUAACAAAAA